GAGCUAUUUGUUUACCGCAUCGCGCAUCUCAACCAAAGUAAGCUGGUGUACGGUGUUUUCUGGCCGAAAAGGAAAAUUCUAGCGCAAUGGGAACGGACGAUGUUAGCAAAGGGGAGAAAAUUCUCAACGGGUUUCAAAUCAAUUGGAUGAUACUGCGGGAUGCGGAUACGGGUAAGAUUAUCUGGCAGGAGAACAAGGAUUUCUCCUGUCCCGACGUCGAACACGAAGCGAAGGUACCGGUAAAGAUACUCAGUUUGCGUGCCGUGUCACGGGAAAUCAACUUCAGCACCGUCGAAGCGAUGGAAAACUUUCGCCUCGAUCAGAAGGUGCUCUUCAAGGGACGCAUUAUGGAGGAAUGGUUUUUCGAGAUGGGAUGGGUCAGUCCGAACACGACCAACACCUGGCAAUCGACCAUUGAGGCCGCACCCGAGUCCCAAAUGAUGCCAGCCAAAGUACUGAAUGGAAACGUUACCAUCGAAACGAGCUUUUUCGAUGGUGAAACACUAAUCAGCAAAUCGGUUGUCCGGUUAUAUUACAUUUAGAAGCGGCAGAGUUCACUCCACGCCCGGGUGGUAGCUCUGGUACCCGCACCGUUAACUGGUAGUGCAAAUGUUUUUUCAACGAAAUCCCACUCUCACCUCUCGUGUCGAUGGAAUAUGGACUACAAUCACGCUGAUACUUAUAAUGAAUUGCCCAGUUUCAUGGGACCACAUCUUUGACGAGGAGAUCUUAUGGGCACCACUGUUGGACUUUCUUCAAUCGCUGACAAGGGCUGAAUAGUGAAACAUCGGAAUCAUUUUGCUGCACAAGCCACUUUUUGUUAGGGAUACUCAACAAGCAAGUUAGAUAGAAUUCCAAUAGACAACAACCUUGUCUCCGAGGCAGCUUGCUUGCCGAAUGGUUACGAUUCAUUGUAUGAAUCUUCGUUCGAAUCACACUAAAGCGCACGCCAAAGUGCUCGCUAAGCUAACAAACUAAUCAACUUAAGGAUAAGUUAUCACAGAAUUAAGCACCGUUUUAUGUGUAAGUGAGCUGUUUUUAUAUUAAUGUAAGAGAGUCGCUGAACUACUACUUGCCUAGGUUCAGCUACAAAGGAAGCUGUGUCUCUUAUGUUUUAUGAUAAUAACAAAUACAUGUCACCAAA